AUUUAGGUCCUCAUAAAGGAAAAACGAUCUAGGUCUCCCACGCCGCCGCCGCCCUUGCUGCCCGCACCCCGCCACUGCCACCUCCCCUUUCCGCGUGGGGAGCUCCUUGCCGGAGAAGAACCGGCUGCGGACGCGGCCACACCAUCGGGUGCCAGCUCGAGGCGACACGGCAGUGCUUGUCUGCCGCCACCCUUCACCGGCAAUCAACCCUCCCCUAAUCCGCGCAGCAGCAUUAGCAUCACGAGAUGGCGCGGCCGGAGGAGAAGCUGCGGUGCACGAAGGAGCCCUUCAUUGAGGACGUCGGCACCAGGAGAAUAAAGAGCAUACGGUUCAGCGUGUUAUCGGGCAGCGAGAUACGCAAGUCCGCGGAGGUGCAGGUCUGGAACAACAGAAUCUACGGGGAAAACAUGAGUCCGGUGCCCAAUGGGUUGCUCGACACGCGAAUGGGAGCUCCAAACAAGCUUGGGGAGUGCAGUACUUGCCAUGGUUCAUUUGCUGAAUGUCCUGGUCAUUUCGGUUACCUGAAGCUGGCGCUUCCAGUUUUUAAUGUCGGCUUCUUUAACUGUAUUCUGGAUGUGUUGAAGUGUAUCUGCAAGGGCUGCAGCAGGGUUCUUCUUGUGGAGAAAGACCGUCGAGAGUUUUUGAAGAAGAUGAGAAAUCCCAGAGCAGAUGCGCUACAGAAAAGUAUUACCAUGAAAAAAGUGAGGGACAAAUGCAAACUAUCCUGCUGCCCCCGUUGUGAAUACAGAAACGGUGUAGUUAAAAAGGGCAGAGCAGGCUUGAUGGUUAUGCAUGAUUGUAGCAAAAUUUUGGAUGGACAUACAGAAGAACUGAAGAAUUCAUUACAACGCAAGAAAGACAAAGUGUCCAUUAGUUCAGUUCGCAUGUUAGACCCUGCAACUGUUCUCUCUCUAUUCAAAAGAAUGACUGACGAGGAUUGUGAAUUGCUAAACCUUGGUGAUAGACCAGAGAAACUUAUUGUUACGGAGAUUGCAGUGCCACCAGUACCUAUCCGGCCUUCUGUUGUUGUUGGUGGUAGUAGAAGCAAUGAAGAUAGCAUUACUGUUAUAUUGAAGAGUAUUGUUAAUACAAAUUCCAUUCUUAAGGAGACCCUUCAAACUGGUGGUCUGUUCACCAAGUGCUUUGAUUGCUGGCAACACCUUCAACUUCAAGUUGUUGAAUAUAUCAAUAGUGACGCACCUUCUCUUCCUGACUCACAACAUCGUGGCCUUGUUCAACGACUCAAAGGGAAGACAGGCCGAUUUCGUGGUAACUUGUCUGGAAAACGUACUGAGUACACCGGAAGGACUGUCAUAUCUCCUGAUCCAAAUUUGAGAAUAACAGAGGUGGCUAUUCCUGUGUUGAUGGCUCGAGUCUUGACUUAUCCUGAAAGGGUUUCAUACUACAACAUUGAGAAGCUGCGUCAGUGCAUUCGAAAUGGACCUUACAAACAUCCAGGGGCAAACUUUAUUAUACAACCUGAUGGCACAAAGCUGCACUUAAAGUAUUGUGAUAGAAGGAUUGCUGCUCGGGAUCUGAAGUAUGGCUGUAUAGUUGAAAGACAUUUAGAAGAUGGAGACAUUGUCCUCUUCAAUAGACAGCCGAGUUUGCAUAGAAUGUCAAUUAUGUCACACAGGGCAAGGAUAAUGCCCUGGAGAACACUGAGAUUUAACGAGUCUGUUUGCAAUCCGUAUAAUGCUGAUUUUGAUGGAGACGAAAUGAAUCUGCAUGUCCCUCAGACAGAGGAAGCUCGCACUGAAGCACUUAUGCUAAUGGGGGUUCAGAAUAAUUUAUGUACUCCUAAGAAUGGGGAAAUACUGGUUGCUUCCACGCAAGAUUUCCUGACCUCAUCUUUUCUGGUUACAAGAAAAGAUACUUUCUAUGAUAGAUCUUCCUUUACUCUUCUGUGCUCAUAUCUUGGUGAUGCAAUGGAGAACAUUGAUUUGCCAACACCAGCCUUGAUUAAACCUAUUGAGCUUUGGACUGGUAAACAACUGUUCAGUGUGUUAGUGCGACCUAAUGCAUGUACAAAGGUGUUUCUGAAUCUUACUGUUAAAGAGAAAAUCUAUACAAAAAAAGGGAAAAGGGAAUGGGAAACAAUGUGUCCCAGUGAUGGUUUUGUCUACUUCCGAAACAGUGAACUUCUAUCUGGGCAAGUUGGGAAGGCCACUUUAGGUAAUGGGAAUAAGGAUGGCAUUUACUCGGUUCUUUUAAGAGAUUAUAAUUCUCAUGCUGCAGCGAGCUGUAUGAAUCGCUUGGCAAAAUUUAGUGCAAGAUUUAUAGGGAACCAUGGAUUUUCAAUUGGUGUGGAUGAUGUCCAACCAGGAGAGCAUCUGAGUCAGCAAAAGAAAAAGAAAAUAGAUGAAGGAUACAAAGAAUGUCAUGAUCUUAUUUCCUUGUUUUCCAAAGGUGCGCUCACAUUGCAACCUGGCUGCAACGCGGCUCAAACAUUGGAGCUUAAGAUAACUGGUGUAUUAAAUCAAAUCAGAGCAACAGCUGGAAACGUGUGCAUGGAUACGCUUCACUGGAGAAACAGCCCAUUGAUUAUGUCUCAGUGCGGAUCUAAAGGUUCUCCAAUCAAUAUCAGUCAGAUGGUUGCGUGUGUUGGCCAACAAUCAGUUGGAGGGCGUCGUGCCCCAGAUGGCUUUAUAGAUAGAACUCUUCCCCACUUUCCUAUAAAUUCGAAGACCCCUGCGGCUAAAGGUUUUGUUGCUAAUUCAUUCUAUACUGGUUUGACUGCUACUGAGUUUUUCUUCCAUACAAUGGGUGGACGAGAAGGUCUUGUUGACACAGCUGUCAAAACAGCAGAAACUGGGUAUAUGUCCCGCAGAUUAAUGAAGGGUUUGGAAGAUCUCUCGGUUUUCUAUGAUCAGACAGUCCGUAAUGCUAGCGGCGGUAUAGUUCAGUUUGCCUACGGAGAUGAUGGCAUGGAUCCUGCAAAGAUGGAAGGACACGAUGGCAUGCCCUUAAAUUUGGAUCAAUUGUUUAUGAAAGUCACGGCCACAUGUCCUCAAAGGGGACAUGAUACAUUAUCUCCAGAGGAUAUCCUACAGGUGUUAAAUGAUAAGCUCUCGGAACAUGGCACCUCAUCUAAUGGUGGUUGUAGCCAAGAGUUCAAGAAAGAGUUAACAAAAUUUCUUGAGGAACGUAUAAAAUUAUUGAAAAGCACAAGAAGGGCACUUCAUCUAGAUGAGGAUCAUGUAGGAAAGAAAGAUUCUUGCAUAGAAGAAUUCAUCGCUGCUAAUAUUUCUGGUAUAUCUGCAAAACAACUACAGGUUUUCUUGGAUACCUGUUUAUCUCGCUAUCACUCGAAGAAAAUUGAAGCAGGAGCUUCUAUUGGAGCAAUCGGAGCUCAAAGUAUUGGGGAGCCAGGGACUCAGAUGACACUGAAAACAUUUCAUUUUGCAGGAGUAGCUAGCAUGAAUGUUACUCUUGGGGUUCCUCGCAUCAAGGAAAUUAUCAACGCUGCUAAAAAAAUAAGCACACCUAUUAUCACCGCUGAGCUUCUGUCCAGGCAAGAUGUGUUGUCUGCACGUAUUGUUAAAGGAUCUAUGGAGAAAGCAGUGCUGGGCGAGGUUGCAGCAGCCAUAAAGAUUGUCUUGAAAUCAAGCCAGCCAAGCUUGGUUGUCAAACUUGAUAUGCAACGAAUAGAAGCUCUGCACAUGGGAAUAUCUGCUGACUCUGUGCAGCUGUCAAUUUUGAAUCAUCCAAAGAUAAAGUUAAAAUCCGAGCAUGUUCGAGUCAUCGAUAGAGCCAAGUUGAGAAUAUAUCCAGCUGGAACGGAUAAGUGCAAACUUCAGCUUGAGCUGCAUAACCUCAAAUCCAUGCUUCCAAAAGUGAUUGUGAAGGGUAUUCCAACUGUUGAAAGAGCUGUUAUCAACAAAACUAAAGACGGAUACAACUUGUUGGUUGAAGGAACAAACCUCCUGGCAGUCAUGGGUACUCCAGGAGUUGAUGCUAUGAAAACAAAAAGUAAUCACAUCAUCGAAUUGAACAAAACACUUGGGAUCGAAGCUGCAAGGAGAUCUAUUAUUGAUGAAAUUCAGUAUACAAUGAAAAGUCAUGGCAUGAACAUUGAUCUGAGACAUAUGAUGCUUCUGGCAGAUUUGAUGACAUACAAGGGUGAAAUUCUCGGCAUUACUAGAUAUGGCAUUGCAAAAAUGAAAAGCAGUGUUCUGAUGCUGGCUUCGUUUGAGAAAACUUCGGAACAUCUCUUUAAUGCCUCGUACAGUGGUCGUGAGGACCAGAUAGAGGGAGUUAGUGAAUGCAUCAUCAUGGGCAUUCCUAUGCAACUUGGCACCGGUAUUCUCAAAGUCAGGCAAAGGCUCGACCAUCUGCCUGAAUUCAAGUACCAGCCUGACCCAAUACUCACUUGAUACAUACAUGUGGAUCUGAAGCUGGAACUCUGUACAUAUAUAGUUGGAACAUACAUGCAUAGCAUAGGGCAACCGCGGCGGCUGUAAUUUUGAGGCGAACAUUUACCUAGCCUCAUUCCAUGGGGGCAAACAUUCGGGCAAACUAAUAACACCUUUUUCAGCGGCAUUGACAGAUGCAGAGAGUAGUUUGAGGCCUGGGAAUCGUUGUUUUUGAACCCGAGGUUUUACUGCACUUCCUUUUCAAUGGUUUAACUGCAAGUCCCAGUAAUGCAGAUGUCGUGUCCCUUUUUGUUGAUA